AUGUCAAAGAGUAACAAAACGACAGAGGAUUCCGAAAAUAAGAGUAGUUUUGAUACUCAAUUAGUUAUAAUGGAGCAAAAACGCAAUGCGAUAUUUAGCUAUCUACAAGAAAUUUUUGAUAUGUCAAAAAAUGUUAGUACUAGACCUUCAUUACGGGAGGACUUCCUCGACGCUAGUUCUAACAUAGACACAUUGCGUUCCGAAUUUAACAAAAUAGUGGAAGACUAUAACAGUCGCUUAUUAUUGCUAAACCCUUCAGCGAAACCGGAGUUCGGUAGCCUAACGUCAUUUGAACGCCUAUACAGCCGAGUUAAGCGUUUAGUCUCUGAGUAUACGGGAGGUGAAAAAAUUGCAAAGGAUGAUGACCCGCGAAGACUGAAACCUUACUUACCUCCGAUUCAAUUGGUAUCGUUCGAUGGUUGCGACUUGAAGGCAUGGAGUCUGUUUUAUACAAACUUCAAAACAAUCAUACAUGAGAACCAGACUCUUACCGACGCCGAAAAGUUAUACUACCUUAUGGGGAAAUUAUCCGGAAAGGCCAAAUUGGCCUGCGCUGGAAUCACGCCAUCCGCGGAAAAUUAUCAACUAAUUUUCAAAACGUUAGUUGAUAAAUUUGAAGAUAAACGUUUUUUGGCAACUUCGUACUUAGAUCAAAUUUAUAAUAUUAAGGCGAUGUCAAACGCGACUCCGACCAACCUUGAAAAUUUUUUGGACACUUUUGCAUCGUCGGUUGCCGCGCUUAAAAAUUUAAAUUUAGACAAUCUGGCUGACUUCUUAUUUUUAUAUCUCGCUCAAAAGAAGUUAGAUCCGGAAACUGUCCGCCUCUUCGAGUUAAAUAAACAUAAUAGCGACAUACCUUUGUAUGACGAUUUUGUUGCUUUCCUCCGCGAACACAUUAAGGUAUUACAACGCACUUCUGGGAAACAGGAUGUUCCGAAAGGUGCUGAACGAAAAGCGGAUACGGCUUCUAAGCCACACAAACCGUCCAAGUCGACGCAUACAUAUACCACUACCGCGACUACGCCUGUACAGAGUUUCUGCUCGCUCUGUAAUUCACAACACGAGCAUCUUUAUAAUUGUUCCGCUUUUCAUAAGAUGUCUGUUGAAGAUCGUUUCAAGUUUGUUAAGGCGAACAACCUUUGUAUAAAUUGUUUUGGGAACCACCGGUUAGCUUCUUGCUCCAGUAAGUCGCGGUGUCGCUGGUGUGCAUCUCCUCAUCACAGUAUGAUCCACAGGAAUUCCGCCAAUGUAAAUUCCGCAUUUGUAAAUUCCGCGUCUUCUGGUGCAACUUCUGGUGCCACUCCUUCGCAGAAGGCGCCCGGUGCUACCGUGCACCAUCCUGCUACUACCAUCACUGCUGGCAACGACACCAGUAAGUCACAAUCUUCAGAUUCACCCGCACGCUCCAAUGACGUAUCGAUUUGUUCAUUGUCGAGUUCUAAUAUCUCUCGCUCACCAACUACGGUGCUGCUCGCCACCGCACGCGUUAUUGUCUUCGAUGCCAAAGGGAAAGAAUAUUCUGUGCACGCAUUAUUGGACAGUGCUUCACAGAGUAACUUCGUCAGUCGUAGUUUAUGCGAACGGUUAGGUUUACAAGCAAGUAAGAAUCCAAGCUGUUCGGUAGUUAAAGGGAUUGGAGGUACAACCAAACCGAUUCAAGGCUCAGUUUCGAUAAGGUUCUUUUCUAGGUUCGAUCUCAGCGUUUGUUUCGACAUAGACUCGCUCGUUGUAGACAAGGUCACAGAACGCUUGCCCACAGUCCCCGUAGAUAUUGCGAAUUUAAUAAAUUUCAAUAAUUUACCUUUGGCAGACGACAGUUACUUCAUUCCAGGAGACAUUGAUCUGCUGGUUGGAGCCUCAAUAUUUCCGCAUCUCUUGUUGUCACGUAAGGUUCAAGGUCAAUCUGAUCUUACCUCGCCGCUAGCUCUGGAAACGGUGUUAGGCUACGUUAUCGUCGGCUCUGCUCCUGUUCGUGUUGACAGUUGCGCGACGGUUUCUUACUGUUGUGCUACAGAUCCCUUAGACACCGCCGUGCGUAAAUUUUGGCAGAUGGAAGAGGUGAACGCACCGAAAGCAUUAAGUCCAGACGACACGGCGUGUGAAGAAAUUUAUAGCAACACGACCACUCGCGAAGCGGACGGACGGUACGUGGUCGCACUCCCUUUUAAGGGUGACGUACUGUCGUUAGGCGAUUCUCUUAAAAAGGCUAAAACCCGCUUCUUUUGCUUAGAGCGCAAAAUGUUAGCGUCGCCUAAGCUUAAAGAGGCCUACGACAGCGUGAUCCUGGAAUACCUAGACAAAGGAUAUAUCUCCCGCGCAUCCUCGGACACGGAGGCAACGCAGAGUUUGCCAUCGUACACGAUUUCGCAUCAUGGUGUCAUAAGGGAAGACAAGUUGACCUCUAAAUUGCGCGUGGUUCUGGACGCUAGUUCCAAAACAACCACACAAGUUUCCCUCAAUGACAUUCUGUACAAUGGUCAGAAUCUGCAGGGCAACUUAUUCAAUAUUAUCGUUAAUUUCCGCUUAUAUGGUAUCGCUCUUUCCGCUGACAUUCGUCAAAUGUUCCUUUGCAUUGGAAUUCGUCCAUGCGAUCGAAGGUUUCAACGCAUUUUGUAUCGCUUUUCCCCGCAAGAACCUUUAAAGGUUUAUGAAUUUAACCGCGUUUGUUUCGGACUUAAGUCAAGUCCGUUUCAUGCUCUGCGUACAGUGAAGCAACUCCUUUUAGAUGAAGGUGCUUCAUACCCACGCGCUAAAGAAACCGUAGAUACGGGGUUGUAUAUGGACGACUUCGUCUACAGCGUCGAUAGUGAACACGAUGCUAUCUCCACCGCUGCCGAAGUGAUUGCUCUCCUGAAAGCUGGUCAGUUUGACCUUGUGAAGUGGAUGAGUAAUUCACAAAAGGUUUUAGACGCAAUUCCGCUGUCUCAUCGGCUUUCCGCAGUUAAAGAAUUCGACGAUUCUGAACCACAUAAGGUACUCGGCUUAUGUUGGUCACCCGCUACAGACUAUUUCAGUCUUAAGAUUAGUGUUCCCGCUGAAUCAUGUACUAAACGUACAAUUUUGUCAUGUGUCGCUAAAAUAUGGGACGUCAUGGGUUUCGUUGCUCCCGUCGUCUUAUACGCAAAGCUUCUUAUCAAACAACUUUGGUUGUGCGAAUGUGAUUGGGACGAUGUACCUCCUGAACAUAUUAUUGAACAGUGGUCCCGUUUCAAGAAGGAACUACCCUUGCUAAGUGAAUUGAAAAUUCCACGGCAUGUAGGCAUCGUCACUGGCGAUAUCGUAACAAUCGUGGGGUUCGCGGACGCGAGCGAAAAGGCCUAUGGAGGAGUAGUUUAUUUCCACGUAAAAGAUGGCAGAGGCCUUCGCAGGAAUUCAGUAUUUUUGAUAACUGCUAAAUCCAAAGUCUCGCCUCGUAAAGUCGUAUCACUAGCGCGAUUGGAGCUUUGUGCGAUCCUUACACUAAGCAGCUUAAUUACAAGGGUAGUUGAAGCCUGCAACAACCGCAUUAAUAUCGACCGCAUUCUCGCUUUUUCGGAUUCAACGGUGGCAUUGUGCUGGGUGCAUUCUUCACCUCAUCGUUGGGACACUUUCGUGGCCAACAGGGUCACCAAAAUUCAAAAUGAGUUUCCCGUUCAAACUUUUUUUCAUGUGCAAGGCACUGAAAAUCCCGCCGAUUGUUUGUCGCGAGGUCUUACACCCGCACAAAUAAUUGAUCACCCGCUUUGGUUCUCUGGCCCUGAGUGGCUUGAAACGGAUCCAAAUCUUUGGCCUGUUACCGCUUUCAAUCCUUCCACGGUGUCACAGCCUCCGGAAGAAAAGAAACAUGUUCUUCUCGCUGCAGAAGGCAGCGAAGGAAAUCUAAUAAUUUCGCUCGCAGAUCGCUUCUCAUCAUGGUCGAAGUUUUUACGUUGUGUAGUUUACGUUUGUCGUUUCGCUAAGCUGCUACCGCGUCGUGAAACAGUGACUGCGUCGGAUCUGGAUUACGCUGAAAAUUUAAUUUUGCGUGAAAUACAGCACUCUUACUUCGCAAACGAAAUUGCCAAUUUACAAUCAGGCAAAUAUUGCAGCCCAACGUUUCAACGCCUCAAACCUUUCCUUCAGGAUAAAAUCAUAAGAGUUGGAGGUCGUUUGAGAAACGCCGAUAUAAGCUUCGAUACAAAACAUCCGAUCAUUCUGCCGCGAAAGGGUCAUAUAUUAGAUCUUCUGGUUGAUUAUCAUCAUAAAGUCAAUUGCCAUGCCGGUCCAGAUUUGUUGAUGUCCAUACUCCGUCAGAGAUAUUGGAUUUUAUCCGCUCGCAAUUUAAUUCGAAGCCGGGUACACAAAUGUCUACCCUGCUUUAGACUCCGCGCUAAACCAAAUUUUCCGGAAAUGGCAGAUCACCGCUCGUGUCGAGUUACGCCGGCCGUUAAGCCUUUUUUGCACACUGGCACUGAUUACGCAGGCCCCUUUAAAGUGACUAUAUCUCGCGGCCGCGGAAUUCGACCAGCAAAGGCAUACGUUUGUCUAUUCGUGUGCUUAACCACUCGCGCUGUACAUAUAGAAGUUGCGAGCGAUUUAAGCACAGCUAGCUUCCUCGGAGCAUUUAAACGCUUUCAGGCGCGCCGAGGCCUCGUCGCUCGCGUGCACUCUGAUAAUGCGACGAAUUACGUAUGUGCCAAGCGCACGCUAUCUGAAUUGCACGACUUUUUAAUGUCAAAACACUUCAGGUCUGAAUUUGGUCACAUACUUGCAGAAAACCGCAUCGAAUGGUCACUGAACGUUCCAACUGCUUGUCAUUUUGGUGGCAAUUGGGAGGCCAACAUUAAAAGUCUCAAAGCUCAUUUAUAUCGGGUGAUAGGCGACCAAAUUCUGACCUUGGAGGAGUUCAGUACUGUGCUUGCUCAAAUCGAGGCAGUCAUGAACUCUCGUCCAUUGUGCCGCACACUAUCGAACGAUCCAUCGGAAUCUCUCGCGUUGACACCGGCUCACUUUCUCACCCUCACCCCUUUAAAAUACUUACCGGCUCAGGAGAUAGAAGAAGGUCCGUUACAUUUGCUUUCGCGUCAAGAAUUGAUCGAUAAACUUGUUCAGUCGUUCUGGAAACGAUGGAAGGCUGACUACUUACAUACACUACAGACUCGAAAUAAAUGGAACACUCCAACCAAUCCGAUCGCUAAGGGGGAUGUGGUAAUAAUUAUAGUCGAUAAUGCACCGCCACUUCACUGGCCGUUAGGGGUAGUUGAGGAAGUCUUCCCUGGAUCGAAUGGUGUCACGCGUAUUGUUCGCGUUCGUACCGCUACAGGAACGUAUUUGCGUCCUGUAGUGCGUCUUUGUCCACUACCUAAACAGUAA